AUGUCGAUGAGUGUGUUAGGACUUGAGAAUCUGGAGAGAAUUGCCAACGAGCAUGUUCAGUCGGAGAAAGUCGAAGCCCUCAACAUCGGUUUAGAAGAAUUAAAAAGCAUCAUGUCUAAAAAUCUCGCUUGUAAAUCCUUCCUCCUUGUAUCUACUUACUACGACUAUUUCUACGUCCGACUAAACCACUUAUCUUUUACUUCCAUAACUUACAAGCACUACACUACAGACACGAUGCUCGCCAAUCCCUUUGGAAUGAACAGAAUGAUCGAUCCACGAAUGGCCAUGCAGCUCAUGGAAGAAGCCAAGCGCAACCAAAUGAUGAUGCUCUCCCCUUACGAUAUGAUGGACCCCGCUAGACUUCAGGCGCGUCUCCGACAAAUCCAGCAGGUCCAAGCCGGCCAAGCUCACAUCGCCCAGGCCGCUUCUGCCCAGGCUCAAGCCCAGCAGCAAAUGAUCAAGGGGCAGCAUCCAUCUGUCAGCUCUUCCCAGCAGAGUUCUAACACCUCUCGCCGUCAGCAAAAGGCAAAACCGUCCAAAAGAGUAAUUGCCGUCGAUCUCCCAUCGAAUUUGCAAACGAUCGAGUCUGUCACCACCAUUUUCUACCCAUACGGAGAGGUCCUUCUCGUCAGAGUUCUCAGACCAAAGAAACAGCUCCCAUUUGAUCUUAAGCAAUUCCAGGCCGAAAUCCCCGAUCUCGGAAAAACCGUCUGCGCCAUCAUCGAGUUCGAGCAAGCCGAUGCUGCCCGAUUCGCCGUUCAAGCCCUGAAGAUGCGAACCAAAGCUUACGGCUUCCGACUCGCCCUUCUUGAAGCCGGAGCCGAGGAAGAUCUUUACGGCCCCGAACUCGAGCCACAGCUUCCAAUGCUCAAGCCUGGCCAAGCCGGCCCUGGAACAACUGACGAGUCUGGAAUCGGCGAAUCUGAACGCUCUGGACGAUCUUCUGGAUCUGACCGUGAUUCGGAUUGCGACAUCAAAGAAAGAUACCGGGUCAGCUCGGGAUCUGAGUCUGACACUGAUCUCAAAAACUUGACUGAAAAAUGGAACCCCGACGUUGCUGAGUUCGUUCCUGGCCAGACUUCGCCAAAGAAGAGAACGACUUCCAAAACAUCCGUCAAAAUCGGCGAAAACGGCCGCAUCACCACAUCCUUGUCCAUCAAUCUUAGCUCUCCUAGCAAAGGACGAACAACAAGCCGAUUGAGUUUGACACCAAAGAAAGAGCAGAAGGCUCCAACUUACACUCGAGAGUACUUGUUGUCUGUCAGACAUCACAAUGGAAGCAAAUUUACGCCCACUUUGGACUUUGAAUGUGACGAGAUGCGCCGGUACGUGCCACCACAACGCCGUACUUCUCAGCCAAUUAUCCAACUCUCGCCACAGCGACGCAACUCGCUCUACCGUCGAUAG